AUGAAAAAUGCGGAAACACAACACACAAAUGAACAAGGUGAACAUGGAUUUGUAACAAAUCAACGACAAUCAAAACGACAAUCAAAACGACAACCAGCAACAACAAUUCACGAUCUAGCCUUUACUGAUGAUAUCGCUCUGUUCGAAACUAGAGAUAAACAAUCAACUAUUCGUCAAACAAUGACUGAAUUAAGAGAUAACUAUGAAAAAGCUCAACGAAAAUUAGAAAGAGCUGAUGCCAAUUUAAAAAAAAGAUGUCAAUUGUAUCGUUUAGAAAAAUUCUGGGCAUUUUUAAUAUAUUCUCGACAAAAACCAAAAAUCCAUCCAAAACUUGAAGAAAUUUUAAAAGACUAUAAAAAUCUUGAAGAUCUUCAUGUUGACGAUGCAUCAUUUCCACAACAAUUUUUUCCAAAAAAAUCAAAUUAUACACCCGAAGCAAUUGCUGUUGCAGUAGCAAAGAACAGUGAUACAUCAAAUUCAUUAAAACUCAAUGGUAAACAAUAUCUGAACGGUGCUAAACUUUAUACACGUUUUGUUUUUCUUUUAUUUUGUCUAAAAUAA